ACCUUCAGCCACGAUUGACCUUUGAUUGCUUCUUCCUGCUCCAUGCUGUGCGAUUCUUCAUUUUUAUACACCUCCAUAUACAUCAAUCCCAUCCCCUGGUAUGAGACGAUACUAUAAUUGCGGCCCAUAGACAUCGUUCUCCUCUUAUACUCCAUCUCUCCCAGCCUGCGAAAUCGUCCAAUGGCAACAACAUCACAACCUCCCUCCCAAGCUCCAGCAUCGUCAACCUCAGCGCAAACAUCUACACCCAUGGAAACCGACGAAACAACACCAGACCCGACGACGACACAAUCCCAACACCAAGACAGCCAUCCCGAGGCUCCCAACAACGACACCCACGCAGAAGCACAACAGCAACCACAGCAGCCCGUCGUCCCCGGCCCCCGCGCCUCCCGCCUGCAGGAGCUCUACGCGCAGAGCCUCAAGCGCACGCUGGGCAAGCUGAAAUGGGACAACUUCGCGGCGUGCUACCCGACGGUGGCGAGCAGGGCCGAGCCGGUGCUGAAGCAGGUCCAGGCGCAGAUGGUGGAGAAGCUAGGCGAGAAGUGCGAGAAGGAAUUUGAAAGCAUACUCGUAACGAGACAAGUCGUCCCCAAGCUCAACGACCUGGAAACUCUCAUCAGCGAAGCCACCCACCGACGCAUCUCAGCACCCCCCGACGCCCCCAAACCAACUCCACCCCAUCUCCUCCCCGCAAAAGACAUUCUCUCCGCCCAUCUCGCCCCCUCCCUCGCCUCCCACCAGUCCCUGCUCAACGCGCGCCUCCAAACCGCGCAGUCCCACAACGCCAUACUGUACGAGCAGAUCCAGAGCCAGCGCGCCGAAAUCGAAAAGCUGCUCGACUCGCUGGAAGCUACCGUCGGGGACGUCAAGAGCGCGAACGAGGCGCUGGAGCCCGUGGUGGCGCAGUUGGCUAGGGAGGCGAGGGAGGCAGACAAGACGGUUUCAGAGGAGGAAUAGCCAUUCGUUCUGUUUCUUAUGCGAGGCAUUUUUCUGAGAUUUUUAUAUCUGGGCGCUAUUGUGUUGGAUAGAUGGUGGCAUCUGCAUGGGUCAAUACUUGAGAGCGUCAGGUUGUUGAAUUAGUUGGAUUUCGGUUUGGGCUUUUGGUUAAAUGAUACCCCACGAAUUUACGUUGCUUUCAGCUUUCACUUUUAUCACUAGACUUCACCUUUGGGCAGUAGUGAAUGAGAACCUUGUAUGAACUG